GUCAACGCAGGGGCCGGGCUUUUUGCACAGCUGUGUUUUCAACAAGUACUACUGAAGGCAAACCAUCAGCACUAAAAAUGUCCGAUAGCUGCUCGGAUUCGUUGAACGAGGCCAAGCUGUUGCGAGACGCCAGCGCAAUGAGCGAUGGCAGCGACGUCGAGUCUGAGGGACCGGAUUUUCGCCGGGAGUUUGUUUUGACUCCGUUUGUCAGGGGCUUGAAGCUUGUGGCGGAGCAGGUUGUCGGCGCUGCAGCCGUCGUCGCCGCGCGCCGAGGUGACACCGUGACCAUCAAGCAUGGCGUAACCGCCAAGGAGUUCGAGGAGGUUGUCGCACGUGCCAUGGCGGUUCUCGGUGGGGUCUCCGACGAGGAAGCGGUUGAGCGCAUGAUGAAGUGGACGGGCAUUGCACUGGCCAACGUCGAGGCUGAUGGAGAUUGCUUCUUCCAUGCGGUCCUGUGGGCUUUGGCGUCGCUGAAGAUCAGCAUCCCUGAGGAGCUGAAGUGUGCCAAGAAGCUGCGCGCGGCAUUCACACAGCAGGCGCAGAAAAUCGCCAAGGCAUUGGAGAGCAAGGUUGCGCUGCUCAAGGCAGCUGGCGCGCCGCCGACUGAUGAGAAGCUGCAGCAAUGCAAAGCACCGGCGACUGAUGCAGCUCUUGGGCGCGAUUCUCUGCUGUCGUGCUGUCGGCGCGUUGGUCGUUGCGCGGGCGCCUACGCGCCCUGCUGCGUGCGUCUGCGUGACUGCUGCUCGCCGCUGCCCUGGCCGCCGCCUGCCGCUUCCUCGGGGCAACGAUGCCAAGACUGGUCAGUCACUUGCUGCUGGAUGCCCCUGACGCUGAAGAGCAAGGCUAUAAUGCCGAGAAGCCCCGAGGUCGCCCCCGCCCCGCGCCUAGCCCUUUGAGCGUGGGGCGCCGGGGAGGUGUUGAGUAUGGCAGGAGGCGAAAGAAAUGCUUGGGGUGUUUGGGAACGUGACAAGGCACGCAUGUGGCGCGGAAAGUCCCGCACGGCCCCAACCCGAGUGUCCCUAGCCGAUGCGCCUGCGCGUCGUAGCGGCAUGGAGGC